AUGGGGCCACCGUAGAGGGGCGUGGCCAAACAUGGACAAUAUGGCGGAGGAGGUUCACGUGCCUGCUUCCGAGGCUCCUAAGCGACCAAACAUGCCUCAGACAGGGACUUUGAACCUCAAUAACGAGGUUGUGAAGAUGAGAAAAGAUGUGAAGCGAAUCCGAGUUUUGGUCAUCCGAAAACUUGUCAGAAGUGUUGCUAGACUGAAAUCAAAAAAGGGUUCCGAAGAUGCACUAUUAAAAAACCAAAGAAGGGCACAGAGAUUGCUUGAAGAAAUUCAUGCCAUGAAGGAACUGAAACCUGAUAUAAUAACGAAGUCUGCUCUUGGUGAUGAUAUUGACUUUGAAAAAACUUGUAAAAAGCCUGACUCUACUGCAUCAGAAAGAGCAGUUGCCAGAUUAGCAGUUCACCCUCUUUUGAAGAAAAAAAUAGAUACACUAAAAGCGGCUGUCAAAGCUUUUAAAGAUGCAAGAGAAAAUGGCACUGAAGUCAAGUCAUCAAAAAGUGUUUCAGAAGAAAACCAUUCCAAGGACACCUUAUAUUCAAAUGAUGAUGCCAGUACAUUACAUCAUGAAGGGAAUAUCAUCAAGCAGCACAAAGAGAAAGAAGCCAAAAUAUUGGCAAAGAAGCCAGCCAACUGUUCAAAAGAAACUAUAGCCAAGACAGGAAAUGGACCCAAAGUAGUAGACACUCCAAAUUCUCUAGCCGACCCUUCAGUUUCUUCUGGACCCCAGAAGACACCUGCUAAUCCCAAAAUGAAAACGUUGAGUCAAGCCAAAAAAGAGGGAAAGCCUGAUAACUCAUUUAGUGAUAACAGUGAUGGAGAAGAAUUGCAGGAAGAAGAGAAAGAAUAUUUUGAUGACAGCACAGAAGAAAGGUUUUACAAACAGUCUUCCAUGUCUGAAGAUAGUGAUAGUGGUGAUGACUUCUUUCUUGGGAAAGUUAAACGGACAAGAAAGAAGGAAAGUAGUUCCCAUCCUUCAGUUAAGGAACAGAAAAAACUCCCAAAGUUAUUGCCUGAAGAAGAUAUAGCUGAAACCCAUCGGGAUUUCAGAAAUGACAUAAAUAAGCCAAGUAGAGAAGUAAGGAAGUUUGAGUCGGUGUUUUUCAAUUCUUUAUCUGGGUCUAACAGUUCUCAAAGGAAUUACAGAGAACAGGCUCCAAAAAGCAAAACCCCAGAUUUUCAACAAAAUGAACCUGAGACCAAGAGUCAAUUUAAUAACAAGAGUGCACCAAGAAGGUUUCAGAAUACGAAACGGCAGUCACCACUACCUCUCCACCCUUCAUGGGAAGCAAGCAGGAAGCGGAAAGAACAGCAAUCUAAAAUUGCUGUGUUUCAGGGGAAAAAAAUUACAUUUGAUGACUGAUUAGUACCUCCUUUGUGAACUUUUCCACCUAAGUCUGUUUUCUUUUCCUUUUAUUUUUUUUUUAAACCAUCCCAUUAUUUAAAUACAUUUUUUUAGCAAGUCUAUUUGAAGGGAUUAUGGGGGGAAAAAAAUUCUGUCUUCUCUCUCCCCCCACCCCAGUGGGUUCAAGUUGUUAUACUUAAGCAUUCCCUAAUGAAGCUUAUGAUUAAUUUUUUGAAUUUCUUUAUUGGGGGAUUCAUGGUUUACAUUCAACAGUUAAAUAUAAUAGUUUGGACAUGUGUAACAUUUCCCAGUUUUCCACGUAACAAUUCAGCCCCCUCUAGGUCCUCCUCUGCCAUCAUGUUCCAGGACCUGAACCCUCCCUCCACCCCCCAACUCCAGAGUCUUUUACUUUGGUUCAAUACAAUUAAAUUUUUUUACAUUAUAACCCAGAGUAUUUCCUCUGUAGAAAAAAAAUGAGAUUAUAGCUAUCUCAGUUUGUUUCACUUUGCUUAUCAUGAAGUGUAUUCUACUAGUUCAGCUCUGCUUCUUUACAUUGAAAGUAGGUGUUAAGAUAUUUUUAAAAUUAUAAAACAGGAAUUAUAACAGGAAAGUUGGAGAAAACUAUGGGUAUUGAAAAUAGUUAUUGCUGAACGUUGUUCUUUAUUUACCAAACUAAGACAGUAACUUUUAUUGUGGGCAGAAAGGAGAUUAUACAAAUACUCUUCUUUUUUUUUUAUUAUAGUAUUCCUAUUUGUGAUCAUGUAAACUUUGACUCCUGAAUAAGCACAGUUCAGCCAUCAAAACACUCAGAUUUUUCCAGUUGUUCCAGUAUCUUUUAUACCAACAGAAAAUCAUCCUCUUCACCAUUCAUUUAUUGUCUGUCACCAUCUCUUCAGUUGUCAUGUCACCAGUGAAUUGAAGUCAGGCACUUUGGGCAGGAACAUAAGAAAAGAGAUACUGCACUUGGACACUUUGUUCUGUUGGGAGACAAGUGAUCAAGUUACUGCUGCCUGUACUAGAGAUGCUGACUAUGCUGCCUUGUCUCAAGUAGUAGCUGCAGGGUUUUCCACUGCAAAGUUCCUAUUUUUCUCAUUGUGAAUAAUUUAUUUUCUGGGAAAAUAUUUUGGGAAUAUGUAUAUCUGUACUGUAAUAAGAUUUUAAUGGACCAGUUUUGGCACUGACUCAUGAUUCUGAACUAAAGCAAUUAGUGCAAUUAUAGUUGCAAAUGAUUAAAUUAUUUUCAUCUUAUUUCUAUAUUUAUUACCUGGCUGCCUAUAAUAAGACCUUUCUUUUCUGCCCUGUGUAUUCAUUUUUGAAAAUCCUAUUUCACUGUGAGCUCAUGGGUAAACUUCUCUUACUCUUUAUUUUCAUUUGUAUUUCUUGCUCCAUUCGAUUGGUUAUUGGCUUAUAAGAUUUAUCAUAUACUUGAUUUAUCAUGCUUUGAUAACUUCAACCAGCAUUACACAGCUUUAUGUCUGAUCUUAGAAAAUUACUGACUGGGGUCAGCCAAAUGGUAGUUCACCCAGUAAUAUGCAAUGUUAUCAUGAGUGAGAACCUUAGUUCAAGCCACAUGGGAGAAGCUACAGUAAUUGUAGCAGUGUUACGGGUAUCUUUCUAUCCCUAUGCCCCAGUCUCUCAGUUUUCAGUCUCUUACCUCAAAAAAGAAAGGAAGGAAGACCACUAGGAAUAGUGGAGUCAUUCAGGUACUGAGCCCCAGAGGGUAAAAAAAAAAAGCUUGCAUAUUGCUUCUACAUAUACAAAGCCAUAUGGCAUUGUUCCUGUACUUGCUGGGAUAUGCUGUUUGUUUCCAUGCUGCAUUCAUGGUUCUCUCUACCUCUUUAAAGUUAAAACGGUUUUAAUGAUCUUAUCUACAAUGAUUUCCCACCUUGGAGACAUUUUUAUCCACAUUGAACAUUGGACAACUUCUGAAGAUAAUUGUGGUUAUCAACAACUGGAGGAGGAAGGGGGCUCUUGCAUCUUAUGGUUAGAGUCCAGGGAUGCCGGUAAAGUUUUAUAGUAUGUAUAAGUAUUUGCCAACUCAACAGUGUUGAAGUUAAGAAACCUUGGUCUGCCUCAGAGCCAAAGAUUACAGUAAAAAAAAAAAAAUCAACGGAAAGGGUAAACAGUAGGUCUUGAGCUGACGGGAAAGAUUUGGUGAUCCUGAAGAUAGCUUAGUUGUCCAGUAUGAGGGAUAUAAAUUAAUAAAUGGGAUGAAACUGAACACAUCUUUAAAGACAAGUAUAUAGGCAUAAUGGAACUCUCAGGUGACUCAGCGUUUCCACUCAGUUGCAUAUGGAAAAUAUGAGCUUCGGUGUUCAUUGUAGCUUUCAUAGCAGCUGGAAUGAAACAACAGAUGACUAGGUGUAGCCAUACUCAUUUGGAGAAAAAGAGAACACAGUUGACCCUCAUCAGUGAAGGAUUUAAUGGUGCUGACUGUCUUCCCCACUCAACACCAACGGUUGAAAAAUUCAAGUGUAACUUUUGCCUCCCUCAAGCUUGAGCCUGCUGUGGCUUGGAAGAUUUAACCAAUUAUCCAACUAUAUCUCUAUUAUAUACUAUAUCUUUACAAUAAGGAAAGAGGAAAUAAUAUUUACAAUACUGAACUAUAUUUGCUGAUGCUGUAUAUCAUCCUCAAGAAAAAUAGUUCAAAUCCAUGUUCAAAGGUCAACUGUAGUUAGAUGCCAACCACAUAGAUGUGCGUGUACAGUAAAGCCCUAGCUGUAACAAGUGAAUGUCCUGAAUCUCAGUGAUAUGACCAAUUGCUCACUUAAUUCUUUUUCACGUAAAAAACAAAACAAAACAGGACAUGAGGCUGGGUGAUGGCACACUCAGUAGUUCACACAUUGCCAUCACAAAGACUCUGGUUUUCCACCGAAGAGAAGCUUCCCAAGAAGUAGAGCAAUGCUGCAGGUAUCUCUUCUCUCCCUUUCUGUCUCACACUUUAUCCUUUAUUUAUGACUGAAAGUGAGUUACAAGAUUAUAAGACUACAAUAUAUAGUUCCAAACUGCACCUACCACCAAGACAUUCUGUGUCCCCACCCUCCCAUUUUCCCCAAAGAUAACAGAUAACCACCAUAGUUCUCACAAAAUGUUAGAAACUGUUUAAGUCUUUUUUCUUUUCCUUCCUUCUUUCCUUCCCCCCUCCCUCCCUCCCUCCCUCUCUCUAAGUUCAUGUAUAUCAGUUCUCUAGAUGCCACAUAUGAGUGAAACCAUUCAGCAGUUGUCUUCUCUUCUCUCAUUAAGCAUAAAUACUUCCAGUUCCACACUUUCUGUCCCAAAGGACACAAUAUCGUGUUUUCAGAUUUCAGAAUAUAUUCCAUGGAGUAUAAUGCUCCAUAACUUUUUUUUUUCCUCUAGGGUUGCUGGGCUCGGUGCCUGCACCAUGAAUCUACCGCUCCUGGAGGCCAUUUUUCCCCCUUUUUGUUGCCCUUGUUGUUGUAGCCUCGUGGUUACUAUUAUUGCCAUUGUUGAUGUUCGUUGUUGGAUAGGACAGAGAAAAAUGGAGAGAGGAGGGGAAGACGGGGAGAGAAAGAUAGACACCUGCAGACCUGCUUCACCAUCUGUGAAGUGACUCCCCUGCAGGUGGGGAGCCGGGGGGCUCUAACCGAGAUCCUUAAGCCAGUCCUUGCACUUUGCGCCAUAUGUGCUUAACCCACUGCGCCACCGCCCAACCCCCACCAUAACUUUUAACUAGUCAUCUGGCUUCCACACUUUGGCUAUUGUGAAUAAUGUAGCUGUGAUCAAAGGGGUGCAUAUGUCCCCUCGAAUUAGUGAUUGCAUGUCUUAGAUAAACACUUAAGACUUGCACCUUUUCUGACAAGAAACAAAAGGGGCUGGAUGGUGGUGCACCUGGUUAAGCACACUUAAUAAGUGUAAGGACCCAUGCAAGGAUCUGGAUUUGAGUCGUCACUCCCCACCUGCAAGGUGGGGGGGGGGGGGGGGAAGCUUCACAAGUGGUGAAGCAAGUCUGCAAGUGUCUUUCUCUGUCCCUCUCUUGCCCUCUCUCAAUUUCUCUUUGUCCUAUCCAAUAAAAUGGAAGGGAAAAAAAAGGUCACCAAGAGCAGUGGAUUUGUAGUGCCAGCUUAAAGCCCCAAUGAUAACCCUGAUGCAAAAAGAAAAAAAUUAAAAUCAAUAGGAUAAAAUUGAGAUGUACUUUAAACAUAUAAACUACGUGUGUGCUUUAUCAAACUCUAGCUGAUCAAAUCUUCACCGACUUCAGUCUGUGUUGUGAGACUGACUCUCUUAGAUGUCAACAUCUAGUAUAACAAAGCUAUCAUUUGGGAUGUUCUCUUUUGUAUAUUACAAUAUUUGAAAUAAAUAAUGGAGAUGGCACUGUC